UUCUGCGCAACAAGAGGGCCCCCACCUUAAGCGUUAUCCUGUCGCCAGAGGUGCUCAUGAUUGGUCAAGCACUGAUCAGCUGGUCCCUUUCCCCGCGGUCUCAGAUUGGCACCUCGCCACCCCCCUUCGGCUAAAACCAAAUCUCAGAUAAAGUAAUGGCAAAAAACACUUGGACUAUAAAACACAACAAAUCAUAACACCCGGACAAUAACACUGGCCACCCCAUGAGUUCCUAUUUCGUCAACUCAACUUUUCCCGUCUCUCUACCCGGGGGACAGGAGUCUUUCUUGGGUCAGAUACCGCUGUAUUCCUCUGGAUAUUCAGACCCUUUAAGACACUAUCCAAGCGCCACGUUCGGAGCUACCAAUGUCCAGGACAAGGUUUAUACCUCAUCGUACUACCAGCAAGCUGGAGGCGUUUUUGGGAGAAGCGGGUCCACCAGUGCUUGUGACUAUACAACAUCCAAUAUUUACCGAACCGCUGAACGCUCGUGUGCACUCGGAGGUCUGGAAGACUCGCUGGUUCUACCCCAGGACCAGUGCAAGACGGACUGCACUGAACAGGGCACAGAGAGAUAUUUUAACAGUGAAGACAAGCCGGGCACUCCAGUUUACCCGUGGAUGCAGAGGAUGAACUCGUGUAACGGAAUGCCUGGCAGCACUGGCCGCAGGGGUCGUCAAACCUACACUCGGUUUCAGACUCUCGAACUGGAAAAGGAGUUUCAUUUUAACAGAUAUUUGACCAGAAGGCGAAGAAUUGAGAUAUCACACGCACUGUGUUUGACGGAGCGACAGAUCAAAAUAUGGUUCCAAAACCGUAGAAUGAAAUGGAAAAAGGAGAAUAAAGUUAUAAACUCUACAAAGGUCAGCGAAGAGGAGGAUGGUGGAAAGGCGGGAUAAAUGUUAAAAAGCAGUCUCCUAAAAGCACUGUACAUAACAUGUAGCCUGCAGUUAUAAUUAAUAUGUACUGGUCUGCCCAACAUUAAAAAACUACCUAUUAUAUCUUAUGUUGACAUAAAAAGCUUCAAAAGAGACAUUCUUUUUUAUAAAAUCACGGUUUUGUGGUAUUAAAUCAGGCGUCUUCAGAAAUGACGGUAAAGAGAUCCCAUCUCACCUCUACUGUAUAUUUUACGACAUUUGGCCGUAUUUUAAUAAACUAAUAAGAGAAAUGUUGUCUCGCUGUUUGAACAUUGUAUAUAAUUUUAAGGAACACGAGAUCAUGUAACAUCGGAUUAAAGGCUUCACACUGAAUAUGUAUUUUGGUCCACGUUUUGUGCUAGAAAAAGAAGAAAAUGGGACAUUUGAUGCUUAAUUUAUUUUGUCGUCACAUUUGUAUACUUGUAAAUGUGAAUGCACUAAGAAUAUUACGUUAGCUUUCUUCAUUAACAAUGUCAUUUUAUCAAUAAAAUGAUUUUUUUUUUACAAUUAUUGUGGUGUAUUUUUCUGUAUGUCUAUAUGGGCGUCUGCUGUGGUUUUAU